GUCAACUGGAACACGAGCCUAUAAACCCACGUGGAGAUGGCACUGAGUUACUGGGCCAAGUGGCAGAGGGACUCUCAUAAGGUUUAGAGAAACCAGGAGACGGCUGUCAUGGCGGGGAAGCCCUUGCUUCACUACUUCGAUGGACGGGGCAGGAUGGAGUGUAUCCGGUGGCUCCUGGCUGCAGCUGGAGUGGAGUUUGAUGAGAAAUUUAUAGAAACUUCAGAAGACUUGGAUAAGUUAAGAAAUGAUGGGAGUCUGAUGUUCCAGCAAGUGCCAAUGGUUGAAAUCGAUGGGAUGAAGCUGGUGCAGACCAGAGCCAUUCUCAACUACAUCGCCAGCAAAUACAACCUCUAUGGGAGAGACAUAAAGGAGAGAGCCCUGAUUGAUAUGUACACAGAAGGUGUGUGCGAUUUGGGAGAAAUGAUCAUGCUUUUGCCAUUGUGCCCCCCUGCGGAGAAAGAUACCAAGUUGGCCCAGAUCCGAGAGAAAACAACAAACCGCUAUCUCCCUGCGUUCGAAAAAGUGUUGAAGAGCCACGGACAGGAAUACCUUGUGGGCAACCGGCUGAGCCGGGCUGACGUGCACCUGGUUGAGCUGCUCUACUACGUGGAAGAGGUGGACCCCAGCCUUCUGGCCAGCUUCCCGCUGCUGAAGGCCCUGAAAAGCAGAGUCAGCAAUCUCCCUACCGUGAAGAAGUUUCUGCAGCCUGGCAGCCAGAGGAAGCCUCCCUUAGAUGAGAAAAGUUUGGAAAAAGCAAUGAAGAUUUUCAGAAUUAAAUAAAACAAGCAUGGCUGCCCAGGACAUGCAGAAUCCGUCUUCUAAAGCUUUCCGACAAUGAAAUGUUUACCUAAAUGUACAUCCUGGUUAUUUUGAAGGCUAAUAAACUUUUCCAAAGUGUAAGCGCUAAUUUCAUUAGAAUGCAGAAUUAGUUGCAGAACAACCUCUUUUGUUUUGUUCAUGUAUAAAAUCAUGAUCUCUUCCUAGAAUGUGUCUUGGACUUACACAUAAAUAAAAGGACCAAAAAGUA